AUGUCCCAAGAACCUAGAGCAUAAACAGUUGGAGCUUUUGAUAAUAAAGCUAGUUCGAUUGUGCCAUUAUCAUAAUUAAGAAGAAUUCAAUAAAAUUGUUUUGGUACGUAGGAAAAUUUUGGAUUAAUCUAAAAGAUGGAACUGUAAUUAUAUGAUUAACUGAGAUAGACAUGCUAAAUCCCAGGAAAGAGUAAAGAGAUGGCCCAACACAAUUAAUGCUUUAAGAAAGAAGAAAGAUCAAACUAGAUUUGAAAGAUUCAAAGCUGAUGAAGAGGAGAGAAGGAGACAAGAAGAAGAAGAAGCAUUAUAUUAAGCAUAAGUCAAACAUGAGAUAUUGGAGAAAGCUAAUCGUUAGAUAUAUGAAGCAAAUCCAAGAGUGAGAUAAUUUCAAAGCAAAUUAUUGAUCACUGAUGUUAUAUAGGAAAGAGAUGAGCAAGUGGAAUUGAAUAAAUAUAAGAAAACUAUCUUGGAGUAUAUAAGUUAUUCAAUCUAUUCUUAGGAUGAAGGAAGAAGCUCAUCAUGAAGAGGUUUUAGAGAAUGUAGCUCGAUUAUAAUAGAUAGAGGAAAUUAAAUAGGAAGAAAUGAAGAAAAAGAAAAUGGAAUAACGAAAAAUAUUGAAAUAGUAGCAUGAUGAAAUGGUUAAUAAUCAUAUAAAAUAAAUAUAAAAUGAUAGAAUUGAAGGUUAAUUGAAUAAGGCUAAGGCAGAAUAAUUAAUAAAAGAUGAAGAAGAAGCUGAAAAUGAAAGAAAAAGGAAGAGAUUAGCUAAUAUAGAAGAGGUUAAGAGAGGCAAUGAGGAAUUAAAAGAAUAAAAAUAACUUUAAAAAAUUAAGGAAUUAGAGGAUGAUGAAAGAAUAAGAGUUUAUGCAGAGAAGAAGGAAAAAAUCAUGGAAAUGAGAAAAAAGAGAGAAGAACUUAAAUUUAAAGAAAAAUAAGAAUAGAGAUAAAGAUUGAUUGAUGCAUAAAUAGCUAAAUUAGAAUCUAUUGAAAAUGAACAUUAAAGAAUACUAAAUAAAUAGAUUUAAGAAGCAGAAAUAAAAGCAGAAGAAGUAGAAAGAAUAAAAAGAGAAAAACAAAUAUAAUUAAAGAAGAAAAUAGAUGAAAGUAGAAAGAUAACUUCUGAAUUUAGAACUAAAGAUUCAGAAUAAAGAGUAAAAAAUGAUAAAGAAUUUUAAGAAUAUUGGAAAUAAAGAGCUGAAGAAUUAAAGAAAAUGGAAGAUGAUGAAAAUGAAUAAAUUAGAUAAAGAAGAGUUUAACUUAAAAAUUUUUAGCUUUCUUAAAUUGAAGAAAAACAAGUAUUUUUUAUUAUUUAUAAAUUUACAAUAGAAAUUAAGAGAAUAAUAGAUUCUUUAAGAAAUAGAUGAAGCUGAAGAAAUACUAAGAAAAAAAGAAUGUUGUAGCAGAACAUUCACAUCAUGGGCUUAAAGAGCAGUUGAGGAAUGGUAAAGUAAUGGUAAAAAUGUAUAUCCAAUGCUUAAAGAACUUACAGCUAAAUAAUAAUGA